GAAGCCUCACUGCAUCCCAAUACGUCGCUGGUAUCGACAGUCUUCUGGACAAACUUGCCUGGAAUAAAGGGGAAAGUUCCUGAUACACGGGCGACCUUCAAUUUUAGACAAGGGGCGUUGAAGUUAGAAUCCCUACAAAGGUCUUUCUUCGUCGAGCAUUCUGGAAAAAAGCGACAGCGAUGAGGUCACUGGUUAAAGGGAGACCAACAGUAAUGCUCCUUAAGGUUCUGACGCUGUGGCUCUUCAGCAGUUAUUGCGUUGCUCAGGAGGAAACGAAAGGAUCUUCAACCUGCUGUGGUGCUUGCUUCCAAGGCCCGGCCGGAACACCUGGCAUUCCUGGGAUCCCUGGAAAUCCUGGGGGUCAAGGACCCCCUGGCCCCAAGGGCGACUCCGGGAUGGGCCUUUCUGGACCCAAGGGGGACACCGGCGUCCAGGGACAGAAGGGAGACCAAGGUGAGCCAGGGAUACAAGGACUUCCAGGGAAACUGGGACCUGCUGGUCGCAAGGGAGACAUCGGUGAGGGGCAGAAGGGGGUGCAGGGAGUCCAUGGACCACCUGGUGAGCAGGGACAAAAGGGCGAGCCGGGAGAUCUUACGGUAGUUACACCAACACUGCCCUCUGCCAUUGCAUUCAGCGCUUACCGCUCGUCCAGUGUCACAGGCAGUAAUGGCGAUGUCAUCAUUUUUAACAACAUCCUUACGAAUCUCGGUAAUGAUUACAGUUUGCAAUCAGGCGUGUUCACUUGCUCAAGGCCUGGGGCCUACUUCUUCACAGUUACCAUUCAAAGGAUGGCGUCAAGUUCGGAUCCUUACGUAAAACUGAAAAAGAACGACCAGCUUGUCUUCUCGAUCUAUAAUACGCACGACAAUUAUUACCACAUGUCCAGCAAUUCAGCAGUCCUUGUUUUGGCGGCGGGAGAUAGAGUUUGGCUUGAAUUUGGCUUUGGCGGUAUUUACAGCGAUAGCGACAGGUAUUGCUCUUUCUCUGGCUUUCUGAUUCAUGGACUGUAAAACAACUCUAGAACAAACCCCUUGAGGGUGUUUUCAGAUGCUGGCUCUGCUAUGUGGUAAAGAUCAAAGGGCUGGCCAUUUGGGGGAAUUGAAUCUAUAUUACCGAACCUUUUUGAAGAAAUGUGCAUGAAAUAAAAGUUGACUUAGAGUUUAUAGUUUGUGUAAGAAGUGUUUGGGACAGAUGAUCGUUUCAUGAGUUUGUAUUGUAUUCUAUGUAUGUAAAAAUACUAAUUUUUUGUUUAAGUUACGUCAUGCACCUUUAGUGCUGCCUUCGUAAUCUUUGUUUUCAAAUAGAUCUUGGCGUUAUUGAUGAUUAAGUAUGGAUUGGCUAGCACAUGGUGUGAAAAGCGAUGAAUGCUCGACAAGUCUAGUCUCACUUCUGCCUCUAAUUAUUCUUUCUGCCUUAUUAGAACGUGUGCUUAUCCUUUCAUUCUCCCAUGGUCACAGUUUUGCCAUAAAUAUUAGGUACAUUAACACACUAAUAUACCAUAUUGCAAACUGAACGACAUACUUCUAAAGUGCGCUGAAGAUGUUUAAAUGAAUUUUUUCCCAUGUAUUUUUGGGGGGGAUAUGUGAGUUUGUUUAUGAUGACUGUUCUUUCUGAAUUAUAAUUGCCCGAUAAAAUAAAUGAUUUGCUUUAAAAUGAA